ACAGGUGUUGCUACCCUAGACACGCUUGCAGGUCGCAACAGUACCUUUUAGCAGUUCCAACAAACAGUCAUCCUGUAAAUGUCCCAUAAACGCGCGGGGUCUCACCGCGCGCAUUCGCUGCAUUUCACCCGCUGUCGCUUGUGCUGAGGAUUUCAUUAAGGCUGCGCGUGGUUCCCGGUGACUACAUAAUUCAUACCGGGGGAGUGACUUACUGUCCGUGCUCUUCCCGCCUGUAUAAAAGCUGAAGUUCCCCUUAAACUCACUUACAGAUGGAGAGACCCGAUCGUUCAGUUCGUAGCCUAGUCAAAUCGACGUAACAGCAGCGUAACCCAGUGUCCACACUGAGAGAAAGUCGAAACGCUGAUAUCUUCACAUGGCAUACGCAGAAAGCACUUUAGACGUUUAAUCAUACAGUAGAUCUGACGCCGAGCACAGUUUCUCCAGGCAUCUCCCCCCGUGUGUGUGUGCGUGCGUGCGUAUCCGUUUGUCCGUUCAGCCCCUCGGCUCCAUGACGGGACUGUGUGCGCUCUGUCUGACCGCGCUGCUCGCAGCAUUCGCCAGUCUGGCUGACAGCGUCAGCCCCGUGGUCCACUGCGAGCCGUGUGACGACGGUGCGCGUGUGCUGUGUACGCCGCUGCCCCUGGACUGCGAACAGGUAAAGGAACCAGGCUGCGGGUGCUGCAUGACGUGCGCGCUGAGCGAGGACGAGGCGUGCGGAGUGUACACGAGACGCUGCGGUACCGGGUUGAGCUGUCAACAGCGUCGAGGGGAGAGCAAACCACUGCAGGCUCUGCUGGAGGGACGAGGAGUGUGCGCAAAAGCGCCAAACAAAACUACGGCGGGUACGCAGGUAGUACACGAUAACCCUCAAGAGGAAGGAGAGGAGCCUAUCUCAAAUGGUACCAAGGCAAAAGGCACAGAAGUGGCUGAGAGGUUCCAGCAGACUACAUUUGUAUCCGUGGACACGCAGAGGGCGCCAAAUAUAGUGCACACAAAACUGGGGGUGAUCCAAAAAGAACAAACCAAAAAAACCCAGAUUUAUAAAUUUGAGCAAAUUUCCAGCAUGGACCAUACAGAUAUUCUCAACUUUAGUCUGGAGUCGAUGAGAGAGACCGAGUAUGGCCCAUGUCGCCGGAAGAUGGAGGGUGUUCUGAAGAUUUUUAAGAUCUCAAACGUGCUCAACUCAAGAGGCCUCCACAUUCCAAACUGUGACCAAAGGGGGUUCUACAAGAAAAAACAGUGCCAUCCAUCCAAGGGACGCAGAAGAGGUUACUGCUGGUGCGUGGACAAGUACGGACAGCCUCUACCCGGCUUCGAUGGCAAGGAGAAAGGCCAAGUCCACUGCUCUCACCUGGAGAAGAAGUGAGGGGGAGAGCGAGAUAGAGUUGUGAAAACAUGGGGAGAAAGAGGGAAGUUUCCCCUGAAGAACUGCAUGAAUACAACGUCAACGGUGUGGAGAGAUUUUGCAAGGUGCUGUUCCAAAGCUGACCUCCACACUUGUAUGCUGAGGCACAGACUCAUGUGACUUUACACUUUACACUUCAGGGGAGUGGGGAGAAAGAGAGAGUGUGAUCUGUACUAUUUGUGUUUUUCUGUUUGGACUGUUUCCCAAGAGGGAAUUGUGAACAUAGUCGAACGUACAAGCAAAAUUCAACUCGCAAACAAAAUCCAGCCCUCAGUAACACCGUGUUAAGUCCGAGCAUAUGUACUCUUACGUAUGUGAGGGAUGUUUUUGUACUCGUGCUGUGACCAUUUGAGUUUUCAUAGGUAGCCGGCCCCCUCUCUCUCUCUCUCUCCUGCUUCAGUGUGUUUUUCUCUCUGCCAUAACUAUCAGCAGCUCUCUUUUAGUCCCACUUCCUGUUUCUGCCCUCCUGGUGUAGCGUCGUUUAAACUGGGCAUGCUCAGUGGCACUAGGCAGCUCUUGCCAGCAAACUCCAUCUGAAGCACAAGCACUUCAUGCACUUUGGCCCCUCAUUGAAUACGUACUCCAGCCUUUUACUAUGGCCUUGGCAUGCAACCAAACAUAGUUCAAUUCAAAUAAUAGUUCAAAAAGAUGAUCUAUAAAGAAAUUCAGCCAUUGAGAAUUGAAUUUGUAGACUAUUAUAUACCAGGAAUAUAUAUAUUUUUUAAAGAUCAAUGCAAAUAUCUCUUUCUGUUCCAUUAUUUUACAUCUAUCGUAUAUAUUUGUUUGAAAAUUUGUGAUUUAUACCCAAGUAAUGCAUCUAAGAGCUGGCAACUUGUGUAGUUCUGAUGUCCUACUUCUCUUAUAUUCAGUUAGUGGUACUGAGUCGUGGCUUGGAUUGAUAUGGGCCCUAAAAUAUAUCCACAAGGGCAUUAUCUCACCAGACUUUCAAAACAUUGUAAGCACUUUGAACAUAAGAUUGAUACUCAGAUACUGAAUAUGGCCAUCAUUGUCCUUCACAUUUCAAGGCCUUUGCUGAAAGCAUGUAUCGCUAUGUAUUUUUUAUGGGUUUGAAUGUAACCGUAAUGCUACAGUGCCCUGAAUUAACGCUGCAAAAUCAUUGUAGUCUGAAGCUACUUUCCUGGCAGGUUUUGAUAUCAAUGCCUUAAUGAAACCUGUGCUGUAAUGGGUCAGUUAAUGGUGUGGGUUGUUUCACCCUCUGCCUCUAAAUAUUAGGAAAGCUACAGUCCAACAUGGCCUCCGUGUUAGACAACCGAUUUUGAAUUACAUAGCUUGUGUUGUUGUCUCAAAACUGACCUCUUGAGAAAGACUUGAAAAGUAGAUUGUGUCAGAGAGGUAGCCCACACAUUAGCAUAUUAGCAUAGCAUCAGCUAAAAGCUCAACCCCCCUCCCGAAUAACUAAAACAAAACAAACAAAAAGAGACUAAACAAAAUGUUUGGUGCUAAUUAUCUGACUUGAUUAUGGGGAAAGAGCAUGAAAGACUGCUUAGCUAUUUGCCCCUUCUUUAACUUGUAUUUGUUUAUUUUAUAUGAAACCAAUAAAUAAAUAAAUAUAUA